AAUUAAAAUUUUGGGUCGGAAUUCUGAUAUUGAAAUCCCCGGGGUCAACGCAACGAGCAAACAUUAAAUUAUCUUUCUGGAGCUCACCCUCCGUUCCAGGAGGCCCGUCUUUCAUUUUUGUAGGUAACUCCUCGUCUGUUCAUGGAGGUGGGGUAAUCGCUGGUUGAAGAUGCGCAACUUGAAAAACGUGCGCCUCGCGGAGGUACAACUCCAAGGCGAACUGCCACUGACUGCCACCGCAUGGGAUGCCGCGUCGGAUUCAGUCAUCUGUGCAUUUGGACCGACGGAAAAUAAUGCAAUCAUAGAUCUGAGAAGGAAGAGCCAGGAUGCUGAAUAUUCCGGACCUGUUACUGCGGAGCAGUUUGAGUCGAUCGCAUCCUGGGAUGCGCCAUGCCCGCUCCCGGAACUGGCAUGCGACCGCAUACUUUCUCUGCAGUACUUCGCAGACAACCUAACGGCAUGUCUGGUACUGGAGGGAGGUGAUAUUGUCAUCGUGCGAGAGGAGCCUCAGCCGGGGGAGGACAAGAUCGAGAUUGUGGGCUCCGUUGAUGUUGGAAUCACCGCUGCGGCAUGGUCGCCUGAUGAGGAACUUCUGGCCAUCACUACAAGAGCGAAUACUUUCUUAUACAUGACCAGGGAGUUUGAGAAUGUUGUCCUGGUUGAGCUUACAGCCGACGACCUCAAGAUUUCCCGUCAUGUCUCGGUUGGUUGGGGAAAGAAAGAGACGCAGUUCCAAGGAAAGAGAGCGAAAGCUAUGCGAGAUCCAACCAUGCCUGAGAAGGUGGACGAGGGAAAGCUAAGCAGUAAUGACGAUGGCAGAACGACUAUCAGCUGGAGAGGAGAUGGAGCCUUUGUUGCUGUGAACAGCAUCGAGACCGGCGUCCGAAGAGUUAUCAGAGUCUUUUCAAGAGAAGGAACGCUGGACAGUGUCAGCGAGCCAGUAGAUGGCCUUGAGGGUGCUUUGAGCUGGAAACCAGCAGGGAAUUUGAUUGCUGGUAUCCAGAGACUUGACGAUCGGGUUGAUGUCGUGUUCUUCGAGAGAAACGGGCUACGACAUGGCCAGUUCACCCUGCGUCUCACUGUGGAAGAGCGAGCAACAUGGGCAUCAGAUAUCUCCUUGUCAUGGAAUAUUGAUUCCACUGUACUCGCAGUCUGGUUCAAGGAUAGGCUGCAACUGUGGACUAUGGGCAACUAUCACUACUAUCUAAAACAGGAAAUACCCAUCGUGACAAACCCAGACUUCCCCUCUCUGUUCUCUUUCAGGUGGCACCAGGAAAAGGCACUGCGUUUUGUGGCUGGUUCAGCAGGCUCAAUCCUCGAUAUGGACUUCGUCUUCGAUGUUUCUCACGGUUCUACUGUGAGCCCUCACGAUACCGGUGCGGUUGGCGUCAUCGACGGAAAGGUGUUGAAAUUGACCCCCUUGAGACUGGCGGGUGUACCACCCCCCAUGGCUCAUUGUGAGAUCACCGUUGACUCCAAUAUUGUCGACGUCUCAUUCAGCCAGACGGGUACAAGAAUCGCUGUCCUUACCAGGGAGAGUUUCUCUGUUUUCAUAUGGUCGCUCAAGAGUCGGCCUGUUCCAGCUCCCUUAUUGGAAUCAAGCUAUCCGCUACCGGAAGACCCUGAGAGUCGACCGCGCCAGAUCGCCUUCCUAAAGGAGAAUGAGGUGUACAUCCUGGUCCACAAAUCACCCUAUGAAGCCGAAAUUGAGAGAACUACACUUGAGACUCGUGUGACCAAGGUUGUACACCAGGCGUCAGGGUCAGAGCAACUGCGAUCGAUAUUCUCAAGCCUCGGACACGAUAAACUCUGGUUUUCUCAUACUAUACAGCCAAACACACCGGUCUCUUAUUCUACUAUUAACGUGUCACCUGAUGACAAUGUUGACGUGGGUGCGUGGAAUGGCAGCCCGGGGUCGGAUACUUUUUGGGCGAAAGCGAUACACAUCCCUGACGAUGAGGAUAUUCUCGUUACCAUGUCUAGGACAGGCUCUCUCUACGCCAACAAGCGCCUCCUCGCGAAGAACUGCACAUCCUUUGAUAUUACGCCUGCGCAUAUCAUCUUUACGACUACCCAGCACCUCAUCAAAUUUGUUCACAUUACCAGUGUUGAAGAAAUCGAAGUGCCUGGUGACACUCCUGAGACCGAUGAACGCUGUAGGAGUAUCGAGCGUGGAUCCCGCCUGGUCACAGUGAUGCCGUCAACCUUUGCCGUCACACUUCAAGCGCCCCGAGGUAAUAUUGAGACUAUCUAUCCUCGUGCUCUUGUUCUGGCCGGUAUUCGACACUUUAUCGACAGAAAGGAUUACCGUUCUGCGUUCCUUGCCUGCCGAAGCCAGAUGGUCGACAUGAACAUCCUCCACGACUAUAAUCCCGACCAGUUCAUGCAGAACAUAAUUCUGUUCGUGGAUCAGAUCAAGAAAGUCGAAUGGAUCGACGAGUUCCUCUCUCGUCUAAAGGAGGAAGACGUGUCUCAAACCUUGUAUAAGGAUACCUUGAAGAUAUCCAAAGUCGAAGCACAAGAACAGGCCCAGCUGCCUGGCGGAGCUCCAUCAAAGCCGCAGACGAAGUCAACCAAGGAGAACAAAGUCAACCGUAUCUGCGAUGCCUUUUUGGAAGCUCUCAAGAACAGAAUCGCAACCAACUUGCAAAAUCUGAUCACAGCGCAUGUAUGCAAGUUGCCACCCGACAUCGAGUCUGGCUUGCAGCUUGUUGCUCGUCUCAGAGAAGAAAGCCAAGAGCAAGCAGAGGAGGCUAUAGAGCAUAUGUGUUUCUUAACUGACGCCAACCACCUGUAUGGUUACGCUCUCGGUCUUUACGACUUAGAGCUCACUUUGUUGGUGGCUCAGCAGGCGCAGAGAGAUCCCCGAGAAUAUCUCCCCUUCCUUCGCAAGCUGCAGGAGCUGCCUGAACUGCGGCGACGCUUUGAGAUCGACAACUACCUCGGAAGAUUUUCGAAGGCGUUGACGCAUCUUCACGCUCUCAAAGAGCACGAGGAACUCAAGCUCUAUGCCAUCAAGCACACGCUGUACAAGGAGGCACUCGAGUUGUACAAGUACCAGCCAGAGCAGCUGCGGGAGAUGACCCAAGCCUACGCAGAUUAUCUUUACGACCAAUCGAAUUACAAAGAAGCAGCCAUCGCUUAUGAAUCCCUUGGCCUAUACGAAUCGGCCUACAAAUGCUACCAUCUUGCUCACCGCUGGCGGGAAUCCCUGUACUGCGCGCUUAUGGUCCCCCUACCGGAGGAGGAACUGAAAGAUCUGACCAUCACCCUCGCCACGACAUUGACCGAGGAAACUCGCGACUACGUUUCAGCAGCACAAAUCUACGCCGAACACCUCCACGAUAUCCCUACCGCAGCCCGUCUGCUUUGCCGUGGCUCACGCUUCGCCGAUGCUUCUCGCCUGCUUGUCCUGAACGGUCAUAAAUCGCUCGUCGAAGACAUCGUCGACACCGGUCUAGCCGACGCAAUGAGCUCGACCACCGACCUCCUCGCCGACUGCAAAGCCCAACUAAACGCACAGGUCCCUCGCAUCCGCGAACUGCGCGAGCGCCGCGCCAACGACCCUCUCGCCUUCUACGGCGGCGACCCUACCAUGGAAGGCGCCGCAGCAGACAUCCCCGACAACGUCUCCCUCGCACCCACAGACGCCUCCACAGCUGCAGGCCGCACCAUGUUCACCAGAUACACCGGCGGCACCGUCAAUUCUCGCAAGACGUCCCGAACGCGUCGUAAGGAAGAGCGCAAACGCGCCAGCGGCAAGAAAGGCACCGUCUACGAGGAAGAGUACCUAGUCAACAGCGUCCGUCGACUCAUCGAGCGUGUCAACUCCUCGAUCGACGAGGUGCAGUCGCUAUCUGAAGCUCUUCUCCGUCGUGGAAUGAGAGAGCGGGCUCAUGCGGUGGAAAAGGCCCUGCGGGAAGUAUUGAACAUGUGCUCUGAGUGUCGAGAUGAGGUGUUCGAGAUUCCGGUCCAACCGACGGGGCAGCAGCAGCAGCAGCAGCAGCAGACGGAUGGGGAAGAUGGAAAUAACCGGCCGGUCGUCGAGGAGAUCCCGCGGCCGUUGGGCGGCCAGGGUGUUCUCUGGGAUUCUAUGCAUGGUGUUGGAGUCGGUUCUAAGGGAAGAGAUGCGCCUCUAGUGAAAGAGUUCAAGGGAUUGGCGCUGCUGUAGGGAGAAAUAAAAAUAUACUUGGUCUGUUGGUGUUUAUUUUUGAUAUAUGGAUCAAUGCAUGCAUCGUUUGAGGCUGGUUUCUGAAUACAUCAAAUAUUACCUCUGCCAGCUCUGCUGCGUAUAUGUGUAGUCAUGCAGAAGUGUUUAGUAAUGAGGCAGGACAUUAUAAC